AAAAUCACCCCCAAACACGCCAUUCUCUUCUUCCUUGUCUCUUUUCAUUUCAUCUGCAACUUAAACAAUACACAUAAUCCACCCAAUACACACUUCAAUUUGAUCUCCCUUCUUCGUUCGUCAUUUUCUAUGUUUUUUGUUAGGUUAAAAAGCUUAAAUCAGCUUCAAUUAGAAAAGCAUAUAGUGAUCUAGAUCAAGACUUAGAAAGAUCCCCAAAUUAGGAAUGAUGAAACACGACAACGGACCUUGAAUUGGGGACUCUCACUUUGAUUUGAAGAUGCUAGAGCCGGUAUGGUAGGUUUUCCGAACAGUUGAAUUAGUAUCAGAUAAUGUCCGAUGAAGUGGGUAUCUUAGCGACGACAAGGUGCUAGAUCGGCUCUACCCUCCUUCCUCUCACUUGCAGAUCAACUUUGAACAACAGGUAUUUAUAUGUUUUGUUCGACCGGGAAGCAGCGUCACACACACAUUCAAUGUGUGUUGAUCACAAACAAAGGGGAUGAGCACGAUUUGGUGACGAUGAUAUGAAGAUGUAUAGGGUUUUUUCAUUUCCUGGUUAUUACUCAUGGAUAAAUUGAAACCAGUAAGGGAGAAAGGAGAAAGGAGAAAAGAGGGGGAUUUUUCAUUUUAUGGUUAUCUCUGUAUCUACAAGAAACAUGUAUAUCAGGUUUCACCAUCUUUGUUGUUUAUGUUGAAGAGAGGGAGAGGGUGAAUCAAAUUCGAGGAAACACAACAGGUAGCAUACGGAGAUGAUGGUUUUCGAGUAUGAAAUAGUAAGAAAGAGUGAGGGGACAACCGGUCUUCGCCGAAUUCCUUUGUGGUUUUACUCCUCAUCAACGACGACUAACAAAUAAGAAGGAUCAAGCCGUAUCAGCAGUCGAUUGUUGGGUGUUUGGCAGGUAUCGAUGAGCAAAAAGAAAGGAAAAAUAAAGUGGAUGAGGGCUGUGCCUUUUUCGGUGGCCGUCAUCUUCGCUUUGGUCAUCUACGAGGUUGUAGAGAUCAAAGGGGAUCACAUAAUCGAAUGAGGGGUUUGGGGUUUGCUAAUCGACAGUGAAGGGAAAUUGCCUCAUCUUUGGUGACCGGAGACUCCAUCUCCGAUGGCAGGUUUCACUAGAGAGAGAGAGAGGGAGGGAGGGAGGGAGAGAGAUUGAAUUUUUAUUUUCUAUUUUUUCGUUAUAAAAAUUAUAUAAACUAAAUAGAAAAGGAAAAUUUUCUUUUUUCUUUUGAUCUGAAAAAAUCUUUAAAUAAUUAAAUGAAAAAGAAAAAAAUAAGGAUCAUCGUUAUGAAAAAGUUAAUAAUAAAUUGAACCAAACUCCAAAAAAAAUAAGUUUGAACUAAUCCAAACAUUUUUGGACAAAAAUACAAUUUUUGAUAAACAAGAGGACCAUUUGUACAGUUUUAUCUAAUUUUAAUAACUAUAUGGUCUAUGGGGCUUUGUGUAGAGUUUUUGGGCGAUAUCCCAAACUGACAAAUAAACGCUGAGGGGGACAAUUUUUAAAAUUAAACCAACAUUUAACUGAAACUCGUCUCCAACCUCUGCAAAACCCUAGACCUUCAUCAAUGGCGGAGGAGACGGCGUCAAUGAGUAUCUACCGAGCUUCGAGGACGAUUAAGCGAAGACAGAGCUCUUUAUACAAUUCCCUACGGUCGAUUCACGAGGACUCGAUCUUCGUCUCCGAGAUAGCUCAGCUAUGGCCUGAGCUACCACUUGUAGCGAACCUGCGUUGCGGACUCUGGUACGCCAAGAAAUUCCAUUCCAAUUGUUACUUCAAAUCAACAGAUGGCCAUACGAACAACUUGUCGUUCAAUACCUCUCGCCUCAAUCUCCAUGUCGCAAUUCUCGCAGGACAGAAGGGAGGCUGUAUGAUAGUUGAUUCUACUCGUAAAGGCAAGAGAUUUCCAGACAGCAUGUCAAAAACAAUACCAAUUUGGACUUGUGUGUUGAAUCGUGCAAUUCAGAACUACAGAGACAAAAUCAAUAAACCAAUCGAUGAAUUGAGCUCUUCUUCUUCUCAAUGGGAUUCAUCUCUACAUCUUCCUCUAUGGGUACCCGAUACAGAGAAAGCAAGGAUAGAAUCUAACAUAAACAAAUGGGUUAACCAAUUGGAAGAAAGUGGAGCUGAUAUUUCUUCUUUCUCAUCUUUACUAAAAAAACCUCUUAGACCUCUUUGGAUCUCACAAAAAACAGUUAUAUGGUUAAACGAAGUUCCUGAUUACAAUUCCUGGGAUUUCACACCAAUAAUUCUCAUUUCUUCAUCUGCUUCAAGUGAUAUAUAUCGACAAAAAACAAGCUCUGAGUUUAGCUGGAAUUACAUAGCAGGAGCUGGAGAUGAUGAAGAGAGUUGGGCAAGAGGGUUAACACCAUUAUUAUUUUGGAAUAAUGUUUAUGAUUUAAUUAAUUCAGGACCUGAUUUGUGUAACCAAAAAGUGGCUGAUUUUGUUGAAAAAGAUAGGGUUUAUCGCGCUCAAAGGGGUCAUAAUGCUCCUCAGGUCUCCAUUAAACCUACAAAAAUGGAGAUCAAAAGUUCAUCUCAUUUUCAAGAUCGAUCUUUAGAAAUCAUCAUGGAGAAUGAUGACACUGGACAUUUGAUAUACUGGUUGGGUUUUACGAAUCUUGCAGUGUGUGCAACUGGAUAUGAUUUUAAGGCAUUUGAUGCGGAUUGUGUAUUGAAUUGUGAUCAAAAUAAGGAUCUUUGUACACUUGAGGAUUCUGAAGCCCAUUUGCAUCUGCCUAUUAUGAAUUCAAAAUUUGAUAGAUUUUCUCUUCAAAGAAAUCUACCUUCCGCAUUACAUUUCGCCAAGCUUCACCUCAAAAAAGGAAAAAGGCUUGCAGUCUGCUGUAACAACGGGGAAGAUAUAAGUGUUUGUGUGUGCUUGGCUAUACUGAUUUCAUUAUUCAAUGUUGAAGGUGUUUAUGAUGACGGGAAAUCGUUUAAGGAGACACAAAUAACAAAGUUUGAUAUGAGACAACGAUUGAUAUUUUUGUGUAAAUAUGCGGUAAAUGCUAGACCAUCAAGAGGCAACUUAAAGCAAGUAUUUAAUUUUCUUGCUGGUGCAACGUAUUGAGACUCAGACUCAUGUCAAUCAGACAAAAACUGUAACUUUUGUCUGAUUAAUGUGUUAUAAAUUAGGGAAUAUGACUUAUGAAGGUAACUAACUUUUCGAUAUGUUCACAUCUGGGUAACUAUAUUUUUUUUAUACACAUUUAGGUAACAAACUUGUUGGAAGUGUUCACAUAUAACCAUUAUGACCUGCUAUAGCAGGUUAAAUCCAAGAUGUAAACGCUUUCAACAAGUUCGUUACCUAGAUGUGUACAAAAAAAAAUAGUUACCUAAAUAUGAACAAAACGAAAAGUAAAAAUUAAAUUACACGAAUGGUCCCUAACUUAUUUUUUUAACUUGGAUGGUCCAUAUUGUUUAUUUUUGUUGCGCGUUUGGUCCCUGUCUUACCUAAAAAGACUAUUGUGUCCUUAUUAAUUUAUUUUUUAAUUAAUUUUUUUAUUUACGUAUUUAUUUUUUACAUAUUUAAAAAAAUUAAUAGACCACACAUAUUUGUAUCUCCUCGGAUGAUCCCUACUAUUUAUUUUUUAAUUAAUUUAUUUUUUUAACUCGGAUGAUCCCUAGUGUUUAAUUUUGUUACGAGCUUGGUCUUUGUCUUACCUAAAAAGACUAUUGUGCCCUUAUUAAUUAAUUUUUUUAAAUAAUUUUCUUGUUUAUGUACUUAUGCUUUAUGUAUUUAAGAAAAAUUAGUAGACCCCGCAUAUAUGUAUCUCCUCACCAUCCCGCCUCUCAUCCUUCUCAACUUCUAUUUAUUUUCCAUUUUUAGUGAUAUCGACGUCUUCAUCAUCACUUCUUUUUUCGGUCUUUCAACUCUGUCGAAUCAAUACCGCAACCCACUAAAGAUGAAGAGACUGUAGGUUAUGGUGUUGGUUCGCUAGAGUUGAAGUACCAAAAAAAGAAGGAUGGUGAAGACGUCGAUAUUACUAAAGAUGAAAAAGAAAUAGAAGUUUGGGAGGAUGAGAGAUGAGAUGGUGACCGGUAAGACUCAAAUUAAAUUUCUCAAAUGUGGUUUCAGGAUUACGGUGAGGAAAUACAGAUAUGUGGGGUAUAUUAAUUUUUGUAAAUAUAUAAAAAAAUAAAUAAAUAUAUAAAUAAGAAAGUUAAUUAAAAACAAUUAAUAAGGGCAAAAUAGUCUUUUUAGGUAAGACAUGAACCAAACGCGUAACAAAAAUAAAUAGUAGGGACCAUCCGAGUUAAGAAAAUAAAUUAAUUAAAAAAUAAACAGUAGGGUGGUCUAUUAUUUUUUUUUUAAAUAUACAAAAAAUAAAUACAUAAAUAAGAAAAAUAAUUAAAAAAUAAAUUAAUAAGGCACAAUAGUCUCAUUAGGUAAGACAGGAACCAAACGCGCAACAAAAAUAGACAGUAGGGACCAUUCGUGUAAUUUAAUUUUUACUUUUCGUUUUGUUCAUAUUUGGGUAAUUAUUUUUUUGUACACAUCUAGGUAACGAACUUGUUGAAACCGUUCACAUUUAGGAUUUAACCUGCUAUAGCAGGUCAUAAUGGUCAUAUGUGAACACUUCCAACAAGUUUGUUACCUAGAUUUGUACAAAAAAAAGAUAGUUACCCAGAUGUGAACAUACCGAAAAGUUAAUUACCUUCAUAAGUCAUAUUCCCUAUAAAUUAUUCAUUUUUAAUUAGAAAAAAAACAUUAAUAUAAUUUUAUAUACAAUCAGAAAAUUCGUAAAUUUAUAUUAUGUUUUUAGUUUGAGCUAUAUUUAGAAUUAAUACAUUAGUUUGUUUUGACAUAAACUAGGUGUGAGACCCGUGAAAUACACGAGUUUUUAAAAAAAAUUAAUAUAUUUUGUUAAGCUUUAAAUGUUUAAAAAUUUACAAAACUGAAUUUGGAAAAAAUAUCAAUAAUAGCUGUGAAUGAAUCAAUUUUUGCAAGGUUUCUGCAAAUUAUCGUGAAUUCAAAAGGAAUUAACCGAAAAUUAUGUUUUUCAAUUAAGAAAGUUGAUUUGAAUUUAAUACAUUAAUUGACAUAUUACGUGAAAAUUUAUGGAGACAUUUAAGUUUUCUUA